UACAACUUCUUUCAACUUUCGCCAUUUUCCUUAUUAUCUAACCUCCUUCUUAAACGUUGACCUACGCUCGAUUUUUUGGUCUCGUUUCUUAUCAUGACAACAUUUCCUCAUUCAUACUUGACUAUCAUCAAUCAUGUCGGUCGACACAAACUCACUUUCCCAGUACCUGGAGCAGCUGCAGGGGACGACGUUUAGAAAACUGUACCAGCAGCCUUCUACAGCCCUCGCCAUCUUCCGGCGCAUGCUCCCGCAUCUGGCCAAGGUUAUUGUGAUGGCCAUUCUUUACUCUCCGACACCAUGGUCUCUUGCCGAUCUCGACCUCUGGAUAAAACCCAACGCCACCCGCGAAAAGGAUAAAGCCAUCGCUAUCCUACGAUCCCUCCAUAUUGUACAGCCUCAGUCCAUAACUCUGACUGUUAACUUCAAGAAUAGCCUACGACUUGCGCUGGAGGGUGGAGGCGAGCACAACUCCUUUGGCGUCCCUUCCACCUAUGCUAUCCCCGUUGAGGUCGACCAUGCGUUCCUCGACAAAUACGCGAGAAAGAAAUGGGACGACAUCCUCCACUACGUUGUCUCGGCUACCGGCUUGACCAGCUUCGAGAAGGGAUCUGGCGGACCCAAGCAAUCGGUGAAGGACCUUCUUAUGGCAGGACGGCUAGUCGAGCGCGGGGAGGGGCCUCUCAAGAUCACAAAUAUUGGGUUUUCAUUUCUACUACAAGAGGCAAAUGCCCAGGUCUGGGCGCUGCUCCUCCUUUGGCUAGAAGCCAUCGAUGCUGCCAAUGCCAACGGGGCCAGGUCGACCAUGGACAGCGUAGACAUGCUGCAGUUUUUCUUUUUACUAGCUUCCCUAGAAUUUGGCCGCGCAUACAGCACCGACGCCCUGACGGAGAGUCGCCGAAACAUGCUACCUUCCCUCAUCGACUUCGGCCUAAUAUACAUACCGCAACACAACACACGCCAGUUCUUCCCUACGCGUCUAGCAACAACCCUGACGAGCAACGAAACCGCACUUCGCAGCGUCAGCGCAGGCUUCUCCUCAGCCACCAACGCGACCAGCGAAGAGCAGGACAAGUGCACCAUCAUCCUCGAGACCAACUUCCGCAUGUACGCGUACGUGCACUCGCCCCUCCAAAUCGCCGUGCUCGCCCUCUUCUCGGACCUCAAGUUCCGCUUCAAGGGCCUCGUGUCGGGCCACCUGACCCGCCAGUCCAUCAAGAACGCCGUCGCCCACGGCAUCACCUCGGACCAGAUCGUCGCGUACCUCUCGACCCACGCCGACGAGCAGAUGUACCGCCACGCCGCCGCCUCCAACAAGCCCGUCCUGCCCCCCGUCGUCAUCGACCAGAUCCGCCUCUGGCAGCUCGACACCGAGCGCAUCUCCACCCGCGACGGCUACAUCUUCAAAGAGUUCGACGAGUACAAGGAGUACAAGGCCGUCGCCGACUUCGCGGACAACAUCGGCGUCUGCGCCUGGCGCAACGACAAAAAGGGCAUCUUCUUCACCACCAAAGUAGAGCAGAUCAAGGACUUCAUGAAGGCGAGGAAGAAUGCUAAGGCGGCGGCGGCGGCGGGGAAAUGACGAGCAACGCUAUUUUCCUCAUCUCCCCCAUCAUCGCAUUUUGCUUUUAACAAAACAAGUGUGUAUUAAUGUAUUAAACCUUGGGCAAGCAAGUGCCUACCUAGGUAGGUACGUAUAGUAUUACUACAGUAACUACCUAGACAUGAUAUCACGAGUCAAGUCGAGUUAUAUUAUAUCACAAAAACUCUUUCUAGCGUAGGUAGGAGUUCUCGGGGUUUGGGAGUCGGGUUGGAUUGCGGUUAUAUAAAUUAAGAAAAAAAACCACCUCUCCAAGGACUUGGAAAGACGGAAGGGAUGGAUGGAGGUUGAUCAUGACGGCGUUUAGGUUCAAUAUUCCCGUUUUGGGGGGAAGAAAAAAGAGAGAAUGAAAACAAAUAAUAUUCCAGCAUUUUCACGAAGAUCGUGGGAAUGCGAUGGUACUGGUAAAACUCGAGUUUUGAUUUCUGAUUAAUGAGUCGUGCCUAGUUGACUAAUUUUCCUAUUCCCCCAGACUAUCGAUACAUAAUACUCCAUCUCCUAUUAAUUACCUUAAUUACCCUGUCAU